AAAAUUCAAAAACGAAACGUGGUAUUACGUUGUAUUUGUCUGGCGAAAUGACGCAAUGACGCUCCCUCACUGUCGGCGUGAAAGCACUCGUUUUAAAUCUUUGGAAGUACCGUCUGACAAGGCGGAGCGUUUGUUUGUUAUUAAUUUAAAACCGUACACCUACCCUUGUACAGUUUUAUAACAUUCAGUGAUUUUAAGUUAUUGUAGGCUUUUAUUUCUGCAUUUACCUUAUUGUUUUUGUCUUCAUUUGAAGUUAAUGUGAUCUUACUUUAAAGUUCAAGGAUUACAAUGUCGAUACUGCGGUAGACUAGGUGUCACAAAUCGAAGCACCCUGUCCGUUGGAGGGGCGUUGGCAGUUGGAGCAGGAAUGUGCUGCACGUUCUGUUGCUGGCGAAUGGACAGACAACAUGGACGAUCCGCGGGAUGUUCAAACUUCCAAGCGAAACGGGAGCUGCAGGUCGUUAUUAUCGGCCGGUUCCGCCGUGGCAAUGGAGAUCAAACGGAAGAAAAUACGACAGAGUACAUUAUUCCAGCAAUCAGAGACCAAAAGCAUGAAACGAUGCCCAAGUCUUCUGAAUGACACUCUGCAGAUAGUAGAGGAUAUGAAUUUGUUGUACAUACGACAGAUUUCUAAGAAGCUACAGAAUACUAACCUACAAGAAAAGCUUGACUUUGAAAUCCGAAUGCGGGAUGGCGCCUACAAGCUUCUGCUCGCCUGCAGUAAGAGAGAGCAGGUUCUUAAUGCCUCCAAGAACCUGCUGACCUGUAACGCCAGGAUUAAGGCUUAUCUCACACAGCUGCAGAAGAAAAAAGAGGAGCAGGACAUGAUCGGAGCAGCCAUGAGAUUUUCAGAUGCAGUGUCAGAUGACCGUGUGCCCUGUGAUGGAAAAAUUGCAAUGUCUGGGCUGCGGAUUCCUUUGAUGUGGAGGGAUUCUGCCUACUUUAACAACAGAGGGAGUUCCCGUCGAGUGGCAGUGUUUUGUCUGAUGCAGAUUGGCUCAGAAGUGUAUGACACUGAAAUGGUGGUGGUGGACAGAUCAGUUACUGACAUCUGUUUUGAGGGAGUCACCAUCUUUAAAGAAGCAGUUCCUGAGUUUGAUCUGAAGGUGGAGCUGUGGAGCUGUGCCCUGGAGGAAGAGCUCACGUUGGUAAAUACGCCAAAGAAACUCGCCAAGAAGCUCCGCAACUCCUUUGGAAAGACUGCUGGGAAGAAGCUGAGCCCUCUGGUGGACAAUCCAGACCCUGACACCUUCCUGCAGUACAACCCCAUACCUGUGGGAGCCAAGUACAGCCUGCUGGCCUACACUACACUGGGUCUGCCCGAGGCUGAAGGCAGCUUUCAGUCUCACUCCCUCAUUGUCCUCCAAGAUGCUGAGUGGUCAUCUUGGCUUCCACUCUAUGGUAACCUCUGCUGCCGGUUGGUGGCCCAGCCGUCCUGCAUGACACAGACCAUGAUGACCGGCUACCUGAGCCAGAAGCAAAGUGUGGAGGGGAUGUACCGCUGCUGCAGUCUUUACUGUGUGCUGAGUGCUGCUGUUUUGUCCUGUUACUUCACCCCGGAAGAAAUUGAUGCUAAAGUACAGCCCACUCUGACCGUACCUAUCAACAAGGACACCCGAAUCUGUGUGAUGGAGAAGGGGUCAGCAGGCCAGAAAUCCAGGAGUCUGUCCAUCAUCAACCCUUCAGCAGAGGGGUCUGACACCAUCGUCUUCACCACAGAAACCAGUGAAGAACUGGAGGACUGGCUGGAAGCCCUCCACCAGCACCUCUAUGAUCAGAGCCAGUGGCUGCACUGCUGCAACCAGCUAAUGAAGAUCGAGGUCGCAUCACCACGGAAACCAUCACUCUUCCUCACCAAGCAGGCUGACUCUGUUUACAAUGACCUCAGUAUAAAUUCACCUGGCAAGUUUGAGAGCAUCACAGACAUCAUCCACAACAAGAUAGAGGAGACAGAUGGCCGCUAUCUUAUCGGUCAUGAAGAGGAGAAGGAGGCGCCAAAUUGGUCCACUCUGUUUGAAGGGUCCCAGUCAGUGGUAGUGCAGAAGAAUAUUCUGUCCCAGAGCAAAACCUCCACCCCUUUUUCAAGCCCCAAUCCCAACACAAGCAUUACAUCCAGCGGCAACAAGAAGCGACGUGCCCCGCCCCCUCCUUCUGACAGAGAGCCUUAUGCUCCCCCUAGCCGCCCUGCCAGACCUCCUCUUCCUCCUCUUCCUCCCUCACUUCAUCGUCCCCCUCCUCCCUCAUACCAGGAGAAGGAGAAUUCCAGCACUUGCACGUCGCGUCCGACCACAAGGUCCAAAACUGGCAGACCGUCUCUGGAUGCCAAAUUCUCUGCCAUCAUCCAGCAGCUCCAGCGGAGCAACGCUGGAGGAGCCGGAGCCGUCAGCCGUAAAAACGCUCCACUGGGCGUCCUCGAUGUGCAACCACAAAGUCAGCCUCAGCCUCCUCUGCAGCAGCUGGACUACCAGAACCACCACACCCAGCACACUGAAGCCACAGGUGAACAAGGCUUCCUCAGACCAAGUUACGGUCCUGGUCCUGUUCCUGUUCCUGCACCGAGGAACAAAAUGAGGAAGUCUUUCAGAGAGAGGAUGAACCUUAAGGCCUUGUGACCUUAACCAAUGACUGGAUUUAACCAACUAACUACCUACCUUACCACUAACAGAACUUCACUGAACUCAGUAAUGUUGUUAAGUCAGACAUCCCAAUAUAUUUGACUGCACCUCAAUAGCAAUAAUGUAAUAUUUUGGGUAUGACUGUUAAAAUUAAUAGUUCAACAUUUUGGAGAAUGUGCUCAUGCCGUGAGAGUAAGAUAUAAAGAUCAAUACUGCUCUUAUGCUAAAUCUGAAGCUGGAGUCAGUUAUCUUAGAUUAGCAUAAAGUCUGGAAACAGGUGGAAGCGGUUAGCAUAGCUCUGUCCUAAGGCAAGGGUUUUCAUAGUGUUUUUGGUCUUAAUUGCGACCUGUAAAGUUCCUGGUUGGCAGAUCUUUAAACUUUUGGACAGCUAGGCUAGCUGUUUACCCCUGCUUUCAGUCUUUAUGCUGAGCUAAGCUAACCAUCUCCCUUUAUAUCGAGCUCAUAAGAGUAUGGUAUCGAUCUUCUCAUAGUAUUUCUCAAAAUGUCGACCUAUUUCUUUAACCUAAAGGAUGGCUGGGUGACCUCGUCUCUUAAAAAAAAAUCCUCACAAUGUCCAUCAUGACGACCCAAAUCCCAGCUGACACCUCAUAUCACAAUAUCAAUAUUGUAUUGAUACACCUCCAGCUCCACUCUCCAUUUAUAAACUCUUUUCAUGUGCAGCUAACCCAUAGAUGAAAUUGAAAGCUGUAUGUUGGCUUGAGCACCGCCAUCAUCAAUCCCACUAAAAUGGAAAGGCUUAUUUCUCAGCUCUGCCACUGGAACAUGGACCGAAGAAAGAGCCUUUGCAGAAGCACUCAAAUUGGAAUUGAUCCAUUGGGCGACUGUGAAUGAGUCAUUCCUUUUGGAACUAUUGACUUAUUCCACUUACUGUGACAACUUUAUGACCACUAUAGCUGAUUUUAAGGGAACAGGAUUUUAGGAGCAAUUGCAAGCACUAAUGUGACUUCUCCAUUUCCCAGAGGUCUUAAUAAUGGAGUGACCUUGGUUUUCAGUGGCCACACAGUAUGUCCAACAUAAUUUAACACUGUAGCCUAUAAAUGUUAUGAACCUAAUCGAGUGAAUGAGUCUUUUUAGUGGCUAAAAUAAUGAAUGCCCGUGUGUUUGUGUUUUGAAACUAUCAACAUAUUGCCAGCCACUAAAUAUUUCAACCACUUAGCAGUCACGUGUUGAAGAACGUUCUUCAUAAUUACACACAGUGUACGAAACAUUAGGUACUUUCUCUGAAAUUGCCUGGCCAGAUGAAGCAGUGUGAUGAAAGCUAAAAUCCCUUUUUUAUUUUUAUCUCACCCUCUAAAAUUCUGUUUAAUCAAGAGGGGGAGAUGUAGAUUUGGGGGGAGGCGGAUUACAGGAGGAUUUAGUUAAAGCCUUGAAAGAACCGAGAAUGGACUGUAUAAAAGGGGAUGCUGCUCAAUAUUAGCAGUGUGUUCAAAAUGUUUUCUAUGCUCGGCGUGUAUUACCAGAAGUCACUUUGAUGAUGUGCUGUGCAUACCUGGAAAAACAAGGGAACAUUGCUCAUAUUCGUUUUUGCUGAUGCUGAUGUAGUUAAGCCUUUGGUUGUUUGAUAAUGGGGAACAUCAUCACAAUAAUAAAUGUAUAUGGUAACAUUUUGUCCAUUUUCAGUUAGACUAAGCAUAUUAGAGACUCAAGAACAUUCAAUUACAUGCCAGUGUUACUGACGAUGAAAGGCAACGUUUCUAUAUAUUACUUUAGAUUAACUGUAGCGAAAGCAGGAAGUGUCCCUGUGGAUAUUAAGGGAGAGCAUGUGAUCUUAAUGUACAACUGCUUUAUGACUAAACAAGGACUGAACAUUUUGACUGUAGCCAAACUAAUGAGCCAAAUUUAUUAUCAUUUACAAUGUUUUUAAAAUGUAUCUUUUAUAUGUCAGUUGUUGAGUACAUGUGACAGCAAUAAAUUGUAGUUUUUUUUUAUUGUUUUUGAUUUAAAGGCGCUGUAAUUCAUUUUUAUAGUAUAUAACUGCCAUCUCAAUAUUUCUUUUAGCAUAUGAAUUAUUUAGACUUAAAGUGGCAAUGUUUAUUUACUAGUACGUAGGGAUGCAUUAAUCCUGUCCUCGUGGAGAAUAAUUUGUGUAUAGUGCAAUGUAAAAACAAUAUCUUAGUUAUUUUUGUUUCUCAAAAAGUGCAAUUUCCUCCUCACUCUCUGUUGUCUUGGAAGCUAACUGUAAUUUUUAUUAUUGCUGAUCUGCAAUAAAACGGCCUACAUUCUA